AUGGGGAAUAAAAAAAAGAGAUAUUUGAAUAUUAUUCUAAGUAGAAAAUAUCUAUUAAUAUAUAUAAUAUAUUUUUUUAUUUUAAUAAAUAUAAAAGAUAGUAAAGGAAUAAAAAUAAAAAGUUUCUUUUUUAGUGGAUGGGAUGAUAAAAAAGUACAAGAUAAUAAUACUACUGAACCAGAUAAACCUAAUCCUAUACAAUCUGCUGGUCAAGAUACUGGUGGUGCUAUACCUGCAUCACCUGUUUCAACAUCAGCUAAUACAGGUUCAACCUCUAUUCCAAAUAACAAUGGAUCUCCACUACCAGGAUUACCUCCAUUUAUUCCUCCACCUUCACCUUCAAAUAAUCAAAAUAUAGUUUCACAUCCUCAAAAUGAAGUUUUAGAUGCUUCAAAACAACUUGAAAUUGAACAAGCUAAAUCAAUUACUGAAUGUUGUCAUAAAGCAAUAUAUGGUACAUCUAAAAAUAAAUCUGAUAUAACAGAAUCCAUAAUAGAGGCUGCAUCAAAUGUAAAACCAGGUGGUACUGUAACUUUAAAACCAAUAGUUGAAACACCAACACCAGCAGAUAAUUCAAAUAAACCAAAUUUGGUGACAAAUAAAGUACAAAAUGCAAUACCAUCUCCAAUAGGUAAUAUUUCAAUACCAAAUUCAGGAAAUUCCAAUACUAUUUCAUUUCCUAAUGGAGCAACAUUUUUACCAUUAGUCUUAGAUGCAACAAGUGGGCAAUAUGGUGUAGAAUUUAAGACAAUGGAUUUACUUAUAAAGGGUAAAGAUGAAAAAGUAAAACCAUUUGAUAUGUUAAUCCCAUUUGUUAGUGAAAAUGGGAAAAUUAAAUUUGUUACUAGGCGUAGACUUAGGCAAUUAGUAAAAUCAGGUCUUUCUAAAGGAUUAGAAGCAUCGAAUGAGAAAUUAGAUGAUGAAAAAUCACUAAUUACAGAUCUAAAUAAAGAAGAAGUUAAUCAAAAUAAUGAUAAAAAUGAAGGUAAUAAAGGAAAUGAUGAAAAAGAAGAUAAACAAAGUGUAAAAGAUAAUGAAAAAGAUGAUGAAAAAGUUAAUGAAAAAGAUAAUGAAAAAGAAGAUAAAAAAAAGGAUGAAAAUACAAAUACUAUAACAUCCAGUAUAGAAGAGGCUGAAAGUGGAGCUAAAAGUUUACUUCAGGAAGCAGAAACAAUUUUAACUGGUGGAAGUUUAUUUGAAACAUCUUCUAAUAAAUCUAAUAUAUCUCCAGAUAACAAAGAAGCUGAAGAUGAAGAUGAAGAUAAAUCUCAAGUAAGUGAAGAAGAAGAGGAAGGAGAUGAAGAUUCUCCCUUAUCAAAUAGCACUUCUAAUAAUUCUUCUGAAUUAUCAUCAUCUGGAGAGAAUUCUGACAUUGAAGAUAGUAGUAUUCAGGGUACAGAAGAAGAAAAAGAAGAAGAUAAUUAA